UUAUACGUAUAUAUACAUAUACCAAGUACUCUCUAAUCUCAGUAUGUCAAUGUUUAUUCGGUAUCUCACUAUACCCUCCUUCAUUAUUUUAGUGACAUCUGCAGGAUUUCACAAUUUCUGUGAUUCAUCAGCCAAAGGUAUAAUUUUUUUUUUCUUACCAAUUCACAUUUCUGUCUCCCCAGCCCACACACACAUCCUAGUCUCAACUGAUCUCUAAGCCAUCAUGUCGGCGACUAAGCUCACUCCAGAAAUAGCGUCUUUGAUAGACCCCAUCGUAGCAAAGUUGAAAAGAAGACAAAUCGAAGGCACCAAUAACAUCGCCUUGGAUAUUUCUCAUUUGUUAAUGAGAGUCAUCUCUGCAGCUAGAUGGACUAAUCCUUAUGAUCUCAUUGCUGUGAUUAGAAAAGUGGGAACCAUACUCACUGCUGCCCAACCAAAGGAAAUUGUUAUUGGAAAUGUUGUAAGAAGAGUUUUGGCACUUAUCAGAGACGAAAUAGACACUGAACCUGCUGGUUCUAAUUCUGGUACCACUGAUACUCCUAUGAUGAGUUCCAUGUUCUCUCUCUUGUCCACAACCCAAGGAAGUAACAAGAUAGAACAAAAUGUACAACUGAAAAAGCAAAGUAGUGACUUCAGAUCUAUUAUCAUUCAAGGGAUUCGUGACUUGAUAGAUGAAAUUUCCAAUGUUAAUGAAGGUCUUGAAACCAUGUCUACUGAUUUGAUUCAUGACAAUGAAAUCCUUCUUACCCCUACUCCUACUUCCACAACUGUCUUACAAUUUUUGGUCAAGGCAAGAGCAAAGAGAAAGUUUACUGUUUUGGUGACUGAAAAUUAUCCAAAUGAUAUCAAGGCUGCUCGUAAGUUUGUGAAAACAUUAGCCCAACAUAAGAUCGAGUCUGUCUUGAUCCCAGAUACUACCACAUUUGCGGUCAUGUCUCGUGUGGGUAAGGUUAUCAUAGGAAGUAAUGCCGUGUUUGCCAAUGGUGGUUGUAUGACCAACUCUGGUGUAGCCAAUGUUGUCGAAUGUGCCAAGGAACACAAGACUCCAGUUUUCGCCGUAGCUGGGUUAUACAAACUCUCCCCAUUGUACCCAUUUAACAGAGAAGAUUUGAUGGAAGUGGGGAAUUCUGGGAAGGUUUUGAACUAUGAUGACUUCAAAUUGAUAGACAAUGUUGAAGUUGUCACCAACCCAUUGCAUGAUUACGUUCCUCCUGAGCAUAUUGACAUCUACCUUACUAAUGUCGGAGGGUUUGCACCAUCGUUUAUAUAUAGAAUUGUCUUGGAUAACUACAAGACUGAAGAUACUAAUCUUGAAUAGUAUUAGAGCUACGUUCGACG